UUCUCUGGUCUUACUACAUCAUCCGCGUGCUCUGUUUAUAAUUUAGAAAUUGUUAAUUUUUUGAAAUAGCCAUGGAUGACGAAGCUGAAACCUACAAGCUGUGGCGCAUUCGCAAGACAAUCAUGCAGCUGAGCCACGAUCGUGGCUAUCUGGUGACCCAAGACGAGUUGGACCAGACCUUGGAGCAGUUCAAGGAGAUGUUCGGCGACAAGCCCAGCGAAAAGCGGCCGGCUCGCUCCGAUUUGAUAGUUUUGGUCGCCCACAACGACGAUCCCACGGACCAGAUGUUCGUCUUCUUUCCCGAGGAGCCGAAGAUCGGCAUCAAGACAAUCAAGACGUACUGCACCCGCAUGCAGGAAGAGAACAUCCACCGGGCCAUCGUUGUGGUGCAGGGCGGCAUGACGCCCUCCGCCAAGCAAUCCCUCGUAGAUAUGGCCCCCAAGUACAUCCUGGAACAGUUCCUCGAAUCCGAACUGCUGAUCAACAUCACGGAGCACGAACUGGUCCCGGAGCACGUGGUCAUGACCGUCGAGGAGAAGCAGGAGCUGCUCAGCCGUUACAAACUGAAGGAGAACAUGUUGAUGAGGAUCCAGGCGGGCGAUCCCGUGGCCCGGUACUUUGGACUCAAGCGCGGCCAGGUGGUUAAGAUCAUCCGUUCCUCUGAGACGGCGGGGCGGUACAUAUCCUACCGAUUGGUGUGCUGAUCCUGGACUUAUGAAUUAAUUUAAGAAACCUAUGAUUUAAGGAAGGCAGCGAAUUAUACACUCUAAUAAAUCGCAAUCUUUUCAGUGA